CGUCAUACUCAUACUCGCUUUGCGGUAGUAAUGCGAAUCACAGAGGUUGCAAAAAAUAAGACAGUACUGGUCUACGAACUCUAACGGUGUAUAUGUUCACCUUCCCGCAUACACUUUGUCUCUUUAGUGGAUAUCCCAUUUUAACUAGAUACGUUUGCUAGUUAUUAUUUUAACUUAACUAGCUUCGCACAUGGUGCCUCUAAAGCGCAGGAAAGUUGUCUCAACGCUACCUGUAACUGACACUGACAUCAAAGCCACCAAACAUCCAGACAUCGUCAUCUUUAUUUUAGAGAGAAAGAUGGGAGCAAGCCGCAGAACUUUCCUCAAUCGACUUGGACGAACCAAAGGAUUCCCGGUAGCAGAAGAGUACAGUGAGACUGUCACGCAUAUCGUCGCUGAGAAUAAUUCUGGAGAUGAGGUGCAGGCCUGGCUUGAGACUCAAACUGCUGGUUGCACUACAGCUAAUGUUGCCCAUUUGUUGGACAUCAGCUGGUAUACAGAAAGUAUGGCUACAGGCCAACCCGAGAGCAUUCAGGACAGGCACAAAUUAAAGCUGAGUCUCACACCCAGUCCGGUUAUCCCUAAAUCCUCUGCCAAGAGUUACGCCUGUCAGAGAAGGACUCCUUUAAAGCACCACAACUUGUUGCUGACUGAAGCUCUAGAACUGCUCUCAGAGAACGCUGAGCUUGGCGAGAAUGAAGGGAGGAGCGUGGCAUUCCGGAGGGCAGCGGCCAUUUUGAAGACACUCCCACAGGCAGUGCAGAGGAUGGAGGACCUGCAGGGUCUGCCCUGUCUCGGUGACCACUCACUCCGUGUCAUCAAGGAGAUGUUAGAGUAUGGGUCGUCACAGGAGGUGGAGUCAACAAGACACUCAGAGCAGUAUCAGGCUUUGAAGGCGUUGACGGGCAUAUUUGGAGUCGGGGUGAAGACAGCUGAACGUUGGUUUAGGGGGGGGCUCCGCUGCCCAUCAGAUGUGGCCAAGUCAGAGGAAAGACUGAACAGUGCCCAGCAAGCAGGAGUGUUGUACCACGAGGACCUCAGCCAGCGUGUCAGUCGUGCAGAAGCCGACGCCAUUGGUCAGAUCGUAGAGAGGGCAGUGCAGGAAGUUCUGCCAGGAGCCCAGAUCACACUUACAGGAGGAUUCAGGAGGGGAAAAGAGACAGGCCAUGAUGUGGACUUCCUCAUUACUCACCCGGAGGAAGGGAAAGAGGAAGGGCUUAUGCCCAAAGUCAUCCAGUGGUUGGAGACUCAGGGUGUACUGUUGUAUCAGAAAACCACCAGAAAUUCCUACCUGGAAUCCAAAGAUGGGCCCUCACGUCCACCACACAACAUGGAUCGCUUUGAAAGGUGCUUCUCCAUCUUUAAGCUGGACAGAUCCACAGGAGAGGGAGGCCCACUUGCCCAGGCCCCAGGUGGGGAGGUUGGGGGUUGUGAGGGACGGGCCCCUGGAUCAGAGCUGGAGCCACAGCACUGCUCCACUGGAUGGAAGGCCGUUAGGGUGGACCUGGUGGUCAGCCCCUACAGCCAGUUUGGGUUCGCUCUCCUGGGCUGGACUGGCUCUAAGCUGUUUGAGAGGGAGCUAAGGCGCUGGGCAGGGAAGGAGAAGAACAUGUCCCUGAGCAGCCAUGCACUCUAUGACAACAGCCAGAGACGUUACCUAAGAGCCAGCACAGAGGAAGAGAUCUUCAGCCAUCUGGGACUGGAGUACAUCCCACCAUGUGACCGCAAUGCCUGACUGGGAGGAGGUUCUGUGGGAGGAGGAACCAGCAGCUGGAUCCACUCUUAGGUUCCUGUAAGAAUCUAGAAACGGGAUAAGCAGCAGACCUUAUGAAGGUCUAAUCUGCACCUUAGAAUGGCCUUUCACCUCCAGCUGUCUCGGCUGCUUCUCAGUUUAGUCACCAGUGCUACUCAUGACUGAGAAUAUCUUUUGAGUUACUUACUUACAGAGCAUCCCUCCCAUAUCAAGAAAAGGGUGGAAAUUAAGAGGUUUCGGGCCAGGAAAGCAGAAGCUUGAGUCUCGGUAAUUGACUCAUGGAAUCUGGGAUAGAUCUAGUUGGUUCACUGUCGAAACAUUACAUAUGUAUUUAUUCAUAUUUGUGUUCAUUUGCGUCCUACUGAGUGUGUGUGUGCGUCCUUGCGUGCGUGCG